GUACCAUGUUUACAGACUGAGAUAAUUUCACGAAGGAACAACGAAUCGAACUUUUCUUUUCAUAAACAUAUGCUGUGUUAGUCGUAGUGCCACCUCAUAUAUAAAGUUCCAAAAAAGCACGUCUCUUUCCAAAACAAAUUUCAAAACUAGAAUUUGUCAUAAUUUUGUUCAUUCGAGACUUAUGAGACUCACACUUUUUGUAUGAUAAAUUUUCACACGAUAAUGCAGACCUAUGAAGUAAAAGAACAUAUUUGUGAGUGAUUUCGACCUUGCUCUACACAAUGGUAAUAUUAGUUUUCUUAACAGCGUUGAUCAACUUUGCCAAUCAAUGUACGCAGUUACGUGGACAGGCCGAUCAGUUUUAUCAAUGAAAUUUUCUCAUAAAAAAAUUAUUUUUAGAUUACUUUUACUACUGAGUAAUGUGUGUAUUAGUCAUUGAGUUAUUAAGUUUAUAUUUAUAAAACUAGAUAAGAAGAUUAUUCAAAGAGAUGGCAAUGGCAAAUAACAAAACAUAAUAUUUUACAUGUAAUAAAGACAAAAUAGCAUAUUCUUGUGAAGGAUGUUUAAAAAAAUUUUGUUUAAUACAUUUAACAGAACAUCGACAAAUAUUAAGUAAAGAAUUAAAUCAUAUUACUAAUGAUCAUAAUCAAUUUAAACAGAGAAUCAAUGAACAAAAACAAAAUCCACAAAAUCAUUCAUUAAUAAAACAAAUUGAUCAAUGGGAAAGAAAUACUAUUGAAAAAAUUCAAGAAAAAGCAAAAGAAUACAGAGAAAUUUUCACUGAAUUUUCACAAAUAUGGUUUAAUGAUAUUGAAAAGAACUUUAAUGAUUUUUCUGAACAAAUAGAACAAAUUCAUGAGGAAAAUGAAUAUAAUGAAAUUAAUUUAAGUAAUAAAGUAAUAGAAAUUACAGAAGAACUAAUUAAUCCAUCAAAUAUCUCUGUUAAAGAAGAUUCACAAUCACUUAUUAAUCAAAUUUCAAUUAUUUCAUCAAAAAAAUCAAAAUUCAAGAAAUGGAAACAAAAUGCCAUCAUUGUGGCUGCUGAAAAUGGACGAGGACAAGAAUUAAAUCAACUCAAUAGUCUUGGUGGAAUCUUCAUCGAUAAAAACAAAAAUAUUUUUAUUGCUGAUUGUUUUAAUCAUCGUAUUGUUGAAUGGAAAUAUAAUGCAAAAGAAGGACAAAUCAUUGCAGGUGAAAAUGGCAAAGAGAAUGAAGUCAGACGAUGGAAAAUAGGAGAAUACAAUGAAGGAAUUGUAGCGGCAGGUGGAAAUGGAAAAGGAGAUCAACUCAAUACUCCAGAUUUUAUCUUUAGAAAAGAUGCAAAAAAAGGAAGAAUUGUGGCUGGAGGAAACGAUCAAGGAAAAAAUCUCAAUCAGUUGUCUUCACCUGACGGAAUCAUUGUUGAUAGUCUGGGUCAAAUCUAUAUCGUAGAUUGGGGGAAUACUCAAGUAAUGCGUUGGUGUGAAGGAAAAGAAGACAGUGAAAUUAUUGUUGGUGAAAAUGGAAGUAAAAUUCAAUCAAAUCAAUUGAAAUAUCCCCGUGGUUUACCUUUUGAUGAGGAAGGAAAUCUUUAUGUUGCUGAUUCGAGAAAUGAUCGAACUGCAAAAUUUGGAAUAGUUUUAUGA